AUGGCUCUCCAUAAGCAAGUUAGUUUCAUGACAGACACUGUUCGAGCUGAAUUCAUAAAUAAGCGUAAGCAUCCUGAUUUUGUGAAACGUUCUAACCAAGCAAGAGAUAAUCGGUUAUCUGGCCAAACAUUAGAGGAGAAGUUUGACCCUGGCCAUCGCCAAGGUAGCGUAUCUACUCCUCAAGUGGCAAAGAAAAAGGAUAAAAUUUUACCAACUGCUGCUGAAGUCUAUGAGAGCACUCAUUCUGUUUGUGUGGGCAAUGAUGAAGUUGAACUGAUGGGUGACAAGUCUCAAAAAGUCAUGGGAGAAUAUAUGGAAAAACUUGAGGAAUAUAAGAACAAAGGAAUUGAGAUAAACCCCGACAAAGUCUACUUGGAGGUUGUAGGUGGGCAAAAGAAAGGAAAAUUCUACGGUUUAGGGAGUGCUUCACAUAUGUAUUACAAGAGUGAUCCUACUUCUCAAUCUACUGCAUCAUCUUCCACUCCUUCCAUGAUUUCUCAAUUAAGUUCUCAAGUUGAAGAACUAAAGAAGAUGGCGGAAGAAAACCAUAACAAGGUAGAAGAAAGCCAAAAAAUAGCGGCAGAGAGCUUAAAAUGUGCUAAGGAAUUCGUCGAAAAUCAUGAGAUCGAAAAAGCUACAUGGAAGAAGGAAAAAUUAGCUAUGCAAAAAACAUUGCAGGAAAUGGCAUCACUUGUAAAACAAGUUUACCGUCCUUAUAAGCCUCCUAUGCCUGUAGUCACCCGCUCUCAUGAUACAACUAAGUGAUUUUUAUUUUCUUGGUGGUAAUUUUAUGAACAACUGGUCUUUUACAUUCUCAUUAAAUCUUGUUUGAAGUAGCUUUUUUUUAUAUGAGAGGUGACUUUUGGAACAAUUAGUCAUAUGAGUUAAAUAUUGUUUUUUAAUACAUUGAUACAAAAUUGAUUGAUAUUUUGGAUAUUUGAAUAAAAUUAACAUUUUGGUUAUUUGAAUUUA